GACCAUCACAGCACUCCACCAACCAACCAGCCUAGAAAGAAAGCCAAGCAGGAUGCCAGUCAACAACCAAACACCCAUCAGAACAACAACAACACCAAACAACAACAACAAGAAACAGCAUCCAUCCAACUCACUCAUCAACUUACUCGUCUCCAUCAUCAUCAACCUACUCAGAUCCGAUCUCAUCCAAUCAGCUCUUUUCUUCUCAGAAAGACUCCAUGCACUCAUCCCUUCCUCAGAACUAGCAACCUGGUUACUCUCACUCUGUCUACUCAGAUCGAAGGACUAUCAAGCAACAGUCCACCUACUCAGGAACGCACCUAUCUUCAUCCCAAACUCACUCCCACCCUCAUCAACAACAACUUCAACUAAAAACCAACAACAACAACAACAACAACAACAACAACAAAAACCAAAUGAGAACAAUAAUCAGAAGGGAAAGGGGAAACUGGCGGAUGACGACCCAUUCAACUUUCACAGCUCUCCACUAGCACCAUCCAAGAAACAGCCACUGGAGUUCGAUCAAAACUCACUCAAAGGUACCACACAACGACCCGCCAAUCUGGCUAGUACACGAUGUGCACUCGUUUACUCAAAAGCUUGUGGCCUGAUCGAUCGUCCCAAGGAAGGAUUGGAGAUAUAUUUACAAGCAAUCGAAGAAUUUGGAAUGUCCUCUCCCGAUGAAGUCGCGUUACUCAGCUCCACUUCCAACUCCGAUCAAUCUACAUCAUCCGCGUACACCCACCUGGCCACACUGUCAUACAAGUCACACGAGUAUGAGAAAGCCAACCGAUUCUAUCGGAAGGCACUCGAGGCCACCUCGGAUGGUCAUCUCUGUUGGGAAGCCUUCGAAGGAUUAUGUCAGACGAUCUCGACUGAAGAGGAUCUAGAUCCCGAGGAAAUAUUCUGUUUGAAGGAUGUCGAUCAGUUCCUGCCUGGAUACAUGGAACUAGAUGACGAGUACAUCCUCUACACCUCCAACGCCUCGACCAAUACCAGACAGCCCACCAGUCUUCCCAUCGUCUCCAACGCGCCCAUCAAACCCAAACCACCCCCUCUGGCCCCUAAGGACGCCUUUCGGAUUAUGGGCAAUAAUGGUCUCUACCGACACAAGCAGAUGUUGAUCGACAACUCAUUUGGCGAAAGCAGUCGGAAUAGUAGCUUUGCUGCCAACUCCUUCGAUCGCCCCUGUUAUGCUCCCAAACCCAACCUGCCCAACCAACGCGUCCCUCAACCUAAGUCGAAUAUUAUCAGCCAUGCCAAGAUGGAGAUGCCAUCGACACCCAACCUGAAUCGCCCUAGCCCCCUGCCACCCAGGUCGUUCAACUUUGCCCUCGGAGAACCGCCUCGACAUCGCUCGGAUUCGGCCUACGAUCCCGUGCCGAUCUCUUCGACCCCUAAUUUACGCCACGGCUUCGAGCACAACCACUUGAGCUCUGCAAGCCACCCCCCGCCAAUGCCUGCGCCCUCACCACUAGCAUUCACAGGCACGUACGCGAAAAUCCCAUGCGAGCAUCCGUCACCUUUGCCGGCAAUGGGUCAGCAGGGCCGAGGACUGGUGAGUGUCAAACGGACGCGCUCUCAGACCCAAUCUCAGGAUCUCUCACGCAGCUCGACGAGUGCACCGACGGCAACGACGUCAGGUGAGCUACAAGGACAUAUGACCAAUACCCAGAGCGAUGGGAGCUCGAAGUCGAACCUCCCACCAGUGAUGUCGACAGCGGCAACGACGACGAAUACUCAGACGGCCAAGCUUGGUAACGGCAGACUGUUAUCGAGACGCGAGAUGAUCGAAAGUGGACGACUAAUGAAAGCUGUUGGACCCCGAGAAACCAAGCGGGUGAAGAGCAACAGUAACUUAUUUCCACCCCCCGAUCGGCAAUCGACACCCAGCAUUGCUCCCGAUCGUCCUCCCACAUCCUUCCCUCCUCAUACCUCUACAUCCAUCAAUCCUGCUCCUAUCUUCUCUCGCUUCAGACGCGAGAAAAUCGAGGCUAUCCAUUGGGUCAAAGACGUCCUCCAAAAACUCGCCGCCGCUCAGCUCGCACUCGCUCGCUUUAACUCCCAGGUCGCGCUCGACUCCUUGGCCGCUCUCCCUAUCGAACAGAAACGUAGUUGGAGAGUUUAUUGCCUUAUCGGUCGGGCCAGAUUCGAAAUGUUGGAUUACAAAUCCGCUGAAAUAGCGUUCAGAAAAGCCCGAGAAUGUUUCCCACACUUAGUGACACACAUGGAUAUAUACUCGACCUUACUAUGGCAUUUGCGCAAGACGACGACAUUAUCGUACCUAUCGCAAGAACUCCAACUGAUCAAUCCGAGUGCAACGGAGACAUGGAUCGCGACAGGGAACUUAUUCAGUCGAUUAGAUGACCAUCCGAAUGCGUUGAAAUGUUUCCAAAGAGCGACGCAACUGUCACGGACGGAGUCGUAUGGAUACACCUUAUCGGGACAUGAAAGCUUGAUGCUCUCGGAAUAUUCGCGCAGUUUGGUGUUCUUUCGGGAGUCGAUCCGCCGGAAUUCGAAGACGAAUUAUAACGCGUUCUUCGGCUUGGGCGAGUGUUUUUAUAAACAGGAUCGGUUCAGAUUGGCCCUCUUCUUCUUCAACCAUGCUAGGAUUAUCAACCCCAAUAAUCCCCUCAUCCUCGCCGGUGUUGCUAAGGUCUAUCAAACCCUGGGUAACCUUCAUCAGGCCCUUCUCGUCUUUAAUGAUGCCGUCUCCCUCGCCCAUUCUUCUGUCGCUAGUAUUCGCUUCUCUAGAGCUAAAAUCUUGUUCGAAUUAGGUCAUUUAGAAGAAGCAAAAGAAGAUUUAACCAAAUUAAUAGAUCUAGUCCCCACUGAAUUCAAUGUAAGAUUCUUGUUAGGUAAAAUUUAUGGGAGAUUGAAUUUGAAGAGAGAGUCCAUUAAACAUCUCACUUAUGCGAUGGAUCUCGAACCUAAAUCUAUCGGGAUCGUUAAGAAAAUCUUGUCUGAUUUAAACAGUUAAUUCUCUUUUCUUUUUUGUGUUCAUUGGAGUUGUUUGUUAGAUUUUUUUAGUUUUUUUCAGUUUUUUUUUGGUGGGUCAUCUUAGUCUUUCAUGUUUCUUGGUCAUCUUUAUAUACAACUGGAAUAAUAUUUAUUGGCUCCUUUUUGGUAAUCAAUUCAUA